CCCCACAGGUUAUGGGCACGCUGCACCUGGCACCGAUGCGGGCAAGGCCUUCUGCAUGUUCUACGCCGUGCUGGGCAUUCCGCUGACGCUGGUCAUGUUCCAGAGCCUGGGCGAGCGCAUGAACACCUUCGUGCGCUACCUGCUGAAGCGCAUCAAGAAGUGCUGUGGCAUGCGCAACACUGACGUGUCCAUGGAGAACAUGGUGACUGUGGGCUUCUUCUCCUGCAUGGGGACGCUGUGCAUCGGGGCGGCUGCCUUCUCCCAGUGUGAGGAGUGGAGCUUCUUCCACGCCUACUACUACUGCUUCAUCACCUUGACUACCAUUGGGUUCGGGGACUACGUGGCCCUGCAGACCAAGGGUGCCCUGCAGAAGAAGCCACUCUACGUGGCCUUUAGCUUUAUGUAUAUCCUGGUGGGGCUGACGGUCAUCGGGGCCUUCCUCAACCUGGUCGUCCUCAGGUUCUUGACCAUGAACAGUGAGGAUGAGCGGCGGGAUGCCGAAGAGAGGGCAUCCCUCGCUGGAAACCGUAACAGCAUGGUCAUUCACAUCCCUGAGGAGCCACGUCCCAGCCGGCCCAGGUACAAGGCGGACGUCGCGGACCUGCAGUCUGUGUGCUCCUGCACCUGCUACCGCUCGCAGGACUAUGGCGGCCGCUCAGCGGCUCCUCAGAACUCCUUCAGCGCCAAGCUUGCCCCCCACUACUUCCACUCCAUCUCUUACAAGAUCGAGGAGAUCUCACCAAGCACAUUAAAAAACAGCCUCUUCCCAUCUCCUAUUAGCUCCAUCUCUCCUGGGUUACACAGCUUUACCGACCACCAGAGGCUGAUGAAACGCCGGAAGUCCGUUUAGGGGAACUAACUGCACAUCCAAGAGAGGCGUCUGUGGAUGCUGGGUCUCACUGCCAAAGCCGAACACGGCUUCGGGAUUUCUGCCUUCUCACGUGGACCUCUGCUGUGCUGGGCGAAUGCCACUACUCAUUCCCCUAAACACCUGUGGGGAUGGUCCAGCUACACAUAGAUGGGAAGCCCAGAGAAAUGCUCGAUGUGAGGGUCCCCGCAAGCCAGUUGGGCUGUUUCGGCACCCGCCCCCCAAAGCUCCUCAAUGAGGAGCAGAGACUGCCAAGCCCUUCCACUCAUUCAUCAUCAUAAAAAUGUAACUUGCUAUGGCAGCCUCUUGGCCAUUAAGGGCUAUCCUUUGUGACCUCUGUCCUUGAGAUCUUUGCUCUGGCAAGUUCUAUAGCCUUCUCAGUGCUGCUAUCGUGAUGCAGUCUGCCUGCUGUGGCUAAGUAACCUUUCGUUUUGAUCAAGAUUUGUCCAUGCAGACUCCUACCUCUGCGCCUUUCCCCGUGCCGUUCCCACUACCUGGAAGGUCUCCCUGUUGCUCUCCAGCUUUGAGGUGGAGACAGAGCAUCUCACACCUCCUUUUGGUGUCUCCUGACCCUUUUGCUCCCUGUUGGACUUGGCAAUGUCCUCUUCUGGGCUCCCCUAGUCCUUGUUUUGGUCAUGAGCGACCGCGCCGGGGAGCAAACCUUCUGUGGCCCCAGCCACAGGAGCAGCAAGCACUGGGCAGUGCCCCAGAGGCAACGACCAUCGCGAGAAUAAAGGCACUGAGAUGUCUGGCAUCUUGCCCAAAUGGCCACUCAUCACCGUGAUUGAGGCAUGUCUUAACUUGCUGAAGUGGAAACAGGGUAACUCGAUGCACACCUCUGCACCAUCCCUGGAAACCAAUCCAGAUCUAUGAGAAGAAAACUGGUCAUCAUAGCGUUGGUGAUUCAACAGCACCUGCCCGGCAGGGUGGAGUGUGCCCCAUACAACAGGGCUGGAAGCUGCCACGCCAGGCGUUUCUCAUAAGGUGGCUGACAGGGAUGGCACCAGACUACAGGAGCAUACUUGCGAUGUCACUCUGAAGAAGUUGGGCCCCGUGAUGGGAAUGUCAUCAGGAAACUGGGUCUGCACUGUUUUCUUGUGGCAACACUUCUGGUGGAGGCUGCGAGGGGAUGGGGACAUGCACCAUGAGUGACUCAGGAUCCCCAGCCUCUGUGGCCUGGCUCCUGCCCACCCCUAGCUCUGGGGCCUUGAGAGAGGCAAGCACACGCUCUUCUCGCCUCCAGAGAGCAGCGUAGGGGUGUGGAUGCUGCUCAGGCCCUGGCAUCUCGCACGCCUGGGACCAGCCUCUGCCAUUCACAGGACUGUGUGGGCGGCCCCAUCAGAGGACGGCGACAGCUCUCUCCUUCUGUAAGUGAGGCAGUCUCAUCCUUCCCUGGAUCCUCAGCAUCUCUUAACCAGCAGUGGCAAAGGUUGAAUUAGAAUGGCACCAGCUUCGGAUAAAAAUCCAGAUCUCGUUUUUCAAAACGUGUCUAGAGCUGGUGGCUGUAAGGAACCAAUCAAGCCUCAGCUGUGAUUCUAAUCCUGCCAAGUCUGCCUGAGAGCCGACUCAUUCAUCCAAAGAGAGAACGGUUUGGAUGGAGCUCAAGGUGCAUGGCUCGCUGGCAUAGCCCAGACAACCUCUUAAAGGCUGGGCCGCAGAGCUAGAAGGUCUGUCACUCAGUUGGGGAAAUCGCCUGAGAAGUUCAAGUCCACUGCCUGGCAGCUCAAAUGAGUCAGCCUCACCAACCAAGAAUCGCGUUGAUAAACAGACUCAGAGAGCCCGCGCCCCGUGGGGUUCCCCCGUCUGCAACUGUCUCACCUGGCCCCCCCUGCAGGGCCCGGCGGGGACUGGGGAAGGUCAGUGCUCCCUGGGGCGGGGACUGGGUCUGUUUCUGGGCUCAGUGCCUCCGAGUCAUACAGAUGCCAGGUGGUCCUGCUGCUUACCCUUGCUGAACCUCAGGCUUCUCGUGUAAACAGGGCGCUUUUGAGGAAUUAUUAACAUCUCCCUGUGAGUCAAAGCACCUACUGAGAUAAUGUAUGUAAUGCUUGUAAUAAAUGCAGCUAUGUGCCAGGCACUCUGA